AUGAGGAGGCAGAAUCAGAGCAGUGUGUCUGAAUUCUUCCUACUGGGGCUCCCCAUCCCACCAGAGCAAAAGGGCAUGUUCUUUGCUCUGUUCCUGGGCACGUACCUGACCACAGUGCUGGGAAACCUGCUCAUCAUCCUACUCCUCAGGCUGGACUCUCACCUCCACACCCCCAUGUACUUCUUCCUCAGCCACUUGGCCCUCACGGAUGUUUCCUUCUCAUCUGUCACUGUCCCAAAGAUGCUGUUAAACAUGCAGACUCAGCACCUAUCCAUCUCCUAUCCAGGGUGUAUUUCACAGAUGUAUUUUUACAUACUUUUUGGGUGUGUGGAUAAUCUCCUUCUUGCAGUGAUGGCAUAUGACAGGUACGUGGCCAUCUGUCACCCCCUACACUAUACCACCAUCAUGAGGGAGGGGCUGUGUGUGCUACUGGUCGCUGGUUCCUGGAUUCUCUCCUGUGGCAGUGCCCUCCUGCACACGCUCCUCCUAGCCCAGGUGUCCUUCUGUGCUGACAACAUUAUACCCCACUUUUUCUGCAGCCUCCCCAUUCUACUCAAGCUGUCCUGCUCAAAUACGUCUCUCAAUGAGCUGGUUGUAUUCACUGCAGGGGCUGCAGUUGUCGUUUUUCCAUUGAGUGGUAUCCUGGUCUCUUAUGGCCACAUUGGGGCCUCUAUCCUGAGGGCCCCUUCUAACAAAAGGAUCUGCAAAGCCUUGUCCACGUGUGGCUCCCACCUCUCUGUUGUGUCUCUAUUCUAUGGAACAAUUAUAGCACUGUACCUUUCCUCCUCCUCGAGCAACUCCAAUGACAGAGACGUGAUUGCCUCACUGAUGUAUACAGUGGUGACCCCCAUGUUGAACCCCUUCAUCUACAGCCUAAGGAAUAGAGACAUGAAAUUGGCUCUGGGGUUUCUUUUCAGAAACAAUAGCCUUUUUGCCAAGUGA